UCGCUAGCUUUUCAGUUUUUAGUUUUCCUCAAGCGCUCAACCGAGUCGGUUGUCUAUCGGUCUAACGUUCGGAGUCGCACAAAAAUACCGCGUGGGGGUCUUCAAUCAUCCGAAUCCGUAACGGAGAAACCGAAUUGAUCAGCCGCCGGCUUACCUGACCGAUAACGUCAAUUUGAAUUUUUGUGUUCAAGUGUUCUUCGUCACGCGGUUAAAAAUAAAAAAUAAAAUACAACAAAAAAUAAACAAACAAAUAAAAAAAAAAAAAUAUCAAAUAAUAUACAAUGAAAGUGAAUGAGUGGCUGCAGCUGCAUCGUCUCCUUCAACUGCAUUUGUAGUGCACUUAUAAAGUAUCCAAUUAAAUAGGACUCUGGCUCCUCAGACAGCAGUAAUAAUAAUAAAAAAAAUAUAUAUAUACCUGGCAAUAUAAAAAUAAUAACAGCUUUGUGUCAAUAAAACAAUGCGGAAUGUUUUGAUAUGAAAGCGAAGGAGUGCGCAGGAAAGCGAUUGCAUUAAUUAACCGGACGGGAAAAUUCCAAUGCAAUGACCACAGUUGGGCUGUGUUCCUGUUCCACCAACUCUUGGUUUAUGGAUGGAUAUGGAAGGGCUUAGGCUGGCUGCCGGCGGAGAUAGCUCUACUCGAUAGCGAACUCAACCGGCCGAUCCAUGGCUGUCAACUUGCAGCUGAAUAAUUUAAGCGCCAUUUAUCCAUCGCUCAUGUAUGUGGCCGCCUCCGCCUCCUCAUCCUCAUCCUCCCUGCGGGGCUUAGGCUCAGGAUCGAAUGCGGGGAUAUUGCCGGAAAACAUAACCAUCGUUUACGAGGAUGCGACCAAUGGGACAGGAAGUGUUUUUUCCAAUGCUCCCAAUGGAACUUCUGGCAGCGGCGUGGAUGGAGUGGCUCUUACCGAACCCGGACCCACGGCCCCAGUGACCACAUUUAAUUACUACAACGAGUCGGCAGCAGCAGCCGAAUGGGAACAUUUCUACGAUCUGGUUUUAUCCUGGCAGGGCAUUAUACUGAUUGCAGUCUUUGCCACCUUCAUUGUGGUCACCGUCAUCGGGAAUACCCUGGUGAUUCUAGCCAUAUUGACCACUCGCCGCCUGCGCACCAUCACCAAUUGCUUUGUGAUGAGCUUGGCGGUGGCUGACCUUCUUGUCGGGAUCUUCGUUAUGCCUCCUGCCGUCGCCGUCCAUCUCAUAGGUUCGUGGCAACUGGGCUGGGUUCUCUGCGACAUUUGGAUCUCCCUCGACGUGCUACUCUGCACGGCCUCGAUUCUCAGCCUGUGCGCCAUCAGUGUGGACAGAUAUUUGGCCGUGACCAGGCCACUCACGUACUCCCGUAAACGACGCUCGAAAAGAUUGGCCCUAAUCAUGAUCCUAAUCGUCUGGCUGCUGGCCCUGGCCAUCACCUGUCCUCCUAUACUGGGUUGGUACGAGCCAGGACGAAGGGACCUAAGGGAGUGUCGGUAUAACCAAAACGAAGGCUACGUCAUCUUCUCGGCCAUGGGAUCCUUCUUCAUACCAAUGGCAGUCAUGAUUUAUGUGUAUGCAAGAAUUUCCUGUGUCAUUGCAUCCAGGCACGACAAUAUGACCGACAUAAGUGUUCACAACAAGAAAUUCAAACGCUACACGGCGGCGGACGUGGAGAACGAGCUGUCGGAGCAGGAGCAGCACAGUUCGGUUGGCCAGCGCCAAAGACAGGCCACCUCGAGAACCUUCUCCAAUCAGACGAUAGCCAAGGAGCUGCACGACAUGAUGCUGAGCGACAGCGACAAUUGUGCACCAGUAGGUGGUUCAGGAGGAGGAGGAGGAGGGGGAGCAGGAGGAGGAGGUACUGCCGCCACCACUGGAAGCACAGGCACCCAUUGUCAAUCCCUGCUGGCCCUGCCCUCCGGCGGUGGAACAACCUCACUGGGCUGUGCCAAGAACGGGUGCUACGAACUCACACGACCUUCCUCGCUGAAGCGCACUUCCACCGCCUCGACGACCAUUACCACAAUGACAAGUGGCAUGGGUCCGGGCAGUAGUCUCCUGGAUGCCCAGUGGCAAUCCCAGCCGCCGGGUCAUAGUCAGACCCAAACCCAUUCCCUGUCACAGCCACCGCGAACGCAUAGCUUUAGGCAUUCGCACGGGGAUCGGGAUCGGGAUAGGGAGCGGUUAAGGAGCCAUCAUCAUCAUCCUCAUUAUCAUCAUCAGGCGAGUGUGAAUACCACCACAUCGACCAGCGGGAACACGAAUGCCAACACCAACAGCAAAUCGCUGUCCAACCGGAUUACGUCGCUGAAGAAGGAGAACAAGACCACUCAGACCCUGAGCAUUGUGGUGGGUGGCUUCAUUGCCUGUUGGCUGCCCUUCUUCGUCAACUAUCUGAUCACACCGUUUCUGGCCGAGCACCAGGCCAGCCAAAUGCUGGCCAAGGCUCUAACCUGGCUGGGAUGGUUCAAUAGUGCCAUAAACCCCUUCAUCUACGCCUUCUACAGCGUAGACUUCCGGGCGGCCUUCUGGCGCCUCACCUGCAAGCGAUUCUUCAGUGCCGGCCAGAAGCCACAGUUCCCCACGAACACCAUGUCCAUCAGGCGAUAGGGGAGCUCACUCAUAUCAACUAAAAAACAGAAAAAACCCUCUCAACCUUAAACCCUUCAAGCCCUGGAACAAAUUGCCCGCACAUAACAUAUUAUUAACUUAUUCAUUAACUUAAGGCGAGCAGCGACGCGUUGGCGGCGGCGGCAGCGGCGGCGGCAAAAGGUGUGGUCCGUAAUUGCACCCACAGUCCAGUGUGUAAUUGUUCUCUAGUUUCUCGUAUAAUUUAUUUCAUCGUCAGGGUUUUACUUCCGAUUCUGGAUCAUUUUGCCACGUAAGAGACGACCAUGUCGCCCACUACGAAUUCCAUUGGUUUUAGUUGACCUUUUAGAAAUGACAGACUUGGCAUAAGCAGGGCAUAGUUUAGCUUUCCUAAGCUCAAAGGCACUCGAGCGAUUUUAUUUUAGCAAUUUGAAAAAUUAAGAAAGAAUUAUUAAGCAUUUAAGUUCUUUUUGGGAUUUCAAAUCACCUUUGGUCUUAGUUUAACCAAACUAAUUUAGCAGUAAAAAUUGUAGAUCAAAAGCUAACUUCAAGUAGUGAGUUAUGGAGCCUUCCUUUAUCUCCAAUCCAAAAUUAACUUGUCCAAGUUUGACUUACGGAAGUUGGACUGUAAAAAGAUUGCAAUAUAUGCGAAUGCAGGGCCACGAUUUCAAGGUAUUUCUGCAGAAAGGAAUUUUGCAUACGAAAAACCAAGGGAAAAUCUGAUACGCGGCGGCACGUAUCGAUUUAGUAAUUUCCGCGCGACUUUUCCGCUCAGCGGGCGGCGCCUCUAAAAUGGCAACAUUGCCAUGGAUGUUGGACUUAUAUUUGUUUUCUUUUUUUUUUUUGUGUGUGUGGGCCAAGCAAAGACAGCCGACAGGAGGCGACUUGGCCAUUUGGCACUGAGACAGUUUAGAUGGAUGAGAAAACUUGUUUAUAUGGCUCACCGAAAUUGCGCACAUUGGUCGUGCUCCAAAAUUCAGCCGCGGCGUGCUUGUGGGGCGGUUACCUUUUCGUUGGCGACCCCGACCGAUGUCCAACCGAGUUCCGCAUUCUCUUUGCCAAUUUACGAUGCACUUCCUCCCUAUGGCACAUGAAUUUAGGGCUGGCAUAUAUCGGUAUAUAACUGUCUAUAUAUGAUAACUGAUAUCAAAACAUCAUAAACUAUAGACCAGAGAUACGAAUCGAAUGAUUUACAUGACUAGAAGGUACUGAAAUCAGUGGAAUCUAGUGGGUGGAUCAGGUCGAGAAGUAGCUUUAAUCAGCUUUAUCGGAAUGCCAGUUAAAAAAAAAAAAAAAACAGUUACUGUGAUUUAGUUUAUAGUUGAAGGCGGCUGGAACUUCAAGAGUUUUCCUUUAGUCUUAAAAAAAAAUUGAAAUAUAAAUAGGCGUGCCUGUGUGAUUGAGUGACUGAGAGUAGGUGUGAAUGAGGUAUAAUUGUGUAUAAUUUAAGGCAUAAUUUAUUCAGGCCAUCAAACAGCUUAGCUAACCCUUUUCUUAGUAGGACUAAAUUCCGUGUUGUACCAAGCAAUCUACUUUUUCUAACUCCAUCCAUUUAGCCGGCGGUGAUGUGAUGUGAAGUCAUCAUCAAUGCAAUCAAGCAAUGCUACGACAUAGAGAUUAAGUCACACACGAACGCUCAUCAGCAUAUGUAUAAUGUACUGUAGCUCAGCUCAUCUCAUAUCCUCCUAUAUAACCUGGGAAACUCGUCACAUCCCUUCAAUCCUUCUGAAUUUCGAAAUUUCAGCAACUCACAUGUCAGGCCUAACAAGUCAAACAGAUGCUCUGGGAUGGAGAGGGCUUCCGACCCGUCGAAAAAACGCAAAGCAAACACGGCGGAUGAAGCUCAUCAUCGCACGCCCGUCUAUCAUCACGCAUCUCACUCUCAUUCCGGCUGAUAUAUCAUAUACAUAAUCCAGCAUAAUCUGCAUAUAUAUAUUAUACAAAUAUGUAUAUUUAGAUAUAUAUUAAUAGUUGUGUAUGUGUAACGAACAGACAAUUUUUGUGUGGAAGAACCGAACAAAUAAAUAGACAAUUCGAAAAGACAAAAACUCCCAAAACAGCCAGAGAUUGUUUUUUA